AUGGACGUGUCGCAAGAAGUGUGUAUUUUCCUUUCGUCCCUGUCCGCCCUCGCGGUUCUCUACACCAUGAACAACGUGCCUGCCUUCCAAGGACCAUUUGUCAUUCUGGAAAUUGGAGCGGUAGUGCUGGUGUUGGUGUUCCUCUUGGCCUUCCUCUCGGUCCGUCACAGGCCACCCAAAGAUCUCCUUUUUUAUGUGUGCGUUGAGUUCUCUUUCACCUGCAUCAUUGACCUGACCAGCGCCCUUGAGUACGACGGCUUCAUCUCUGGCUUCAUGGAUUUCUACCGGGAAGCGGGGGAGCCGUACCUGGGCACAGCCUAUGGUAUCAUGAUGUGCUACUGGGAUGGCGUUGUUCAUUUCUUCUUGUAUCUCCUCAUGGUGCGCAGAAUGGAUAUCAAGAAGCCGUACCGCAGCGUGGGCCUCUUCUGGGCUGGUUCCUUGUCAGCCAACAUGCUUGUGUUUGUGCUCGGGAUUGUCAUCGGUAAAUAUGGUGCUGAGAUUCGUCCCGCUUUCUGGCUCAACAUGCCAUUCCUGUUGGUACCUCUGUGGGGGGCAGUCACUCUAUUCUGCCGACCGAGAGAGCUGCCAAUCAUCUCAGCAAUUACGGUUGAGCGUGAACAUAGGAAAGGCCUGUUCUCACGCCCUCUAGACCUGCUCCUCUUUGUCCUUCUGCUGGGCAUCAUGGGCUUCACUCUCUUCCGGGGCUUUGUAGCCCUUGGUUGUCCUCAGGAGGUCUGCUCAACCUAUGUCUCCCGGUAUGAACCCUACCUGAAGGAUCCAGCAGGGUAUCCAAGGGUGAUGAUGCUGCUCUUCCUCUUUUACGGCCUGCCCCAGCUGACUGCGUUCGCCUAUGGGCUGCGGACGCCAGGCUGCACCUGGAUGGUCGAUUGGACCGUGUUUUUUGCCGGAGCCGUGGCUCAGUCCCAGUGGUCCCACAUUGGAGCAUCUCUCCACCCAAAUACUCCAUCACAAUUCCAGACCCCGGGGGAGCGAUGGUGGCCGGUCAUGGUGCUCAACCUGCUGUACAUGGCGGUGCCCCAGGUCCUAGCCCUGCGCUGCACUCACAGCCCUACUUUCUUUAUGAAAAAAAACGCUGAGGAUCACGCCAAUGGUGCAAGUAAAUUUAAGUAA